AUGUCUUCAAUCUACUCCAACUCCAGCUCUUCCAUAGACACCAGUUCCUCUAUAGGAUCAACUAGCUCCAGCACCACUGAGGAAACAACCACUUCUUCAAUCUACUCCAACUCAAGCUCUUCCAUAGACACCAGUUCCUCUAUAGGAUCAAGUACCUCUUCAACUACGAACACAACCACUUCAAGCUUUCCCACACCAUCCAUGAAUUCAACCACUUCUUCAACUACCAUCACUGAGGACUCUACUUACUCAAGCUCUUCCAUAGAUUCAACCAUUUCCUCCUCCGAAGCCACCACUUCAACUUUCUCUGUGGAUUCAACUGCUUCAUCUAGCUCCAACACCAGUGAGGAAACAACCAUGUCUUCAAUCAGCUCUUCUCCAGACACCAGCUCAUCUAUAGGAUCAAGUACCUCUUCAACCACAAACACAACCACUUCUUCAACCUUUUCCACGUCAUCCUUGAAUUCAACCACUUCUCCAACUACCACCACUGAGGACUCUACUUACUCAAGCUCUUCCAUAGGCUCACAAACUUCUUCAAAUUACACUAGCUCUUCUUCAGGCUACUCCUCCUCCAGCUCCUCUUUGAAGCCCACAAUUUCUACUUUCCCAAGCUACUCAUCAGAUUCAACCACAUCCUCCUCCGAAGGCACCACUUCAACUGAUUCCUCUGUGGAUUCAACUGCUUCAUCUAGCUCCAAAACCAGUGAGGAAACAACCAUGUCUUCAAUCAGCUCUUCUCCAGACACCAGCUCCUCUAUAGGAUCAAGUACCCUCCUCUUUGGAGCCCACAACUUCUACUUUCCCAACUUCCUCAUCGAAUUCAACUACGUCUUCCUUCCAAUCCACCACUUCUCCAACAGAUUUUUCUGUGGAUUCGACUACAGCUAG